AUGCACCGCUUCUAUGGCAAGUCCACCAACAGUAACGAACCCGUUAAACCCCCCCGAACCCCAUCCACUAAACCCGGCCAGCAGUCCAUGGAAACUAGCCCCCUGGACCCGCCCCGUCUGCGCCGUUCCAACGCAAUUAAACGUGUAGGUGAGAAUUUGGUCAAUCGUCGGCGUGAGUGCGAGGACGCUUCGGAAUCGCCUGCUCCACAAGGUAGAAUCAGGCCAUUUUCGUUCACGCGGACAGGUCGUCAGGAUCAUAUCGACAUUGCCAACACCAGAUACACGGCUAACAAGGACAUAGGAGAUAUUGAUAUCCCGCCUAUGAAAGAUGAGUGGACGUGGGAGGGCAUGCGCUAUCUACCGGACAUUCUGACUUCCUUUAUUAAAUCCGGCAUGCCAGGCAAUGAACUCGGUUUCUAUCUUCACAAGGUGCUCUACGGCCGUGACAGGUCCGUUGGUGGGAUAGUGACGAAUCUGGUUAAUGAGAAUAUCAAGUAUGACGAGAUCGCUGUCCGCACGCUCAAACUCCUUGAUUUAUACGAUGGCGAUGGACAGCCCAUGUACGAGCAGAUCGCCACCGCUGAUUCGGAUCGUCAUCUUAAAUGUUCCGUGCACGCAAAGGUAAACUUUGGGCAAGUGCAGACUCCACCCAUCUCGCCGUAUGCACGCAACGAGGAGCUACUCUCCUACAAAGACCCCAACACAACCGACCCCGAAAUCAUCUAUUUUCAACCGCGCCACGUAGCGCUCGAACGAGAAGCUAUUCAGCGCUUUCUAGCCGAGGACGACUCUACCUCCAACGAAGACAAAGACGGUGAACAUACCAACGCCUUUGCUGAUUUCGAUUUCGCUUUCAACGUUCCGGACAACAUCAAUGCUAACGUGUAUGCUGACAAUGCUUACGAUUCUGGCAGCAGUAGCAGUCCCUUCGAUGACAGCGCUAUGCAGAACGCGCAAGCUGUCCAAAUUUCCAAACCCGGUCCGGCUAGGUUCUAUAGUCAGUGCUACGAUGGUGGUGGUGUGGCUGCUGGUGGUGAUAGCGGUGUCGGUGCUGAGCAUGCUAACAGGAAGCAGUCUAAUGCUAGUAGAAUCCCUGAACAACCUUGUCCGGGGGUGACGAAGCAGAAGUCGAAAAGGCGGCGGUUUUUGAUUGAUUAA